AUGGGCCUCUUCGACCACCACAACGAGCAGUACCAGCAGUACUCGAACCCCUCGCACCCCGAGCACGAGGCCAAGCUCUCGCACGAGCUCAUCGCCGGCGCUGCCGCCUACGAGGCCGCCAAGGCCUACGAGAACCACAACGCCAAGAACGGCCAGCCCUCGUCGCACGCCCAGGCCAAGCAGCUCCUCGCUGGCUUCGCCGGUGCCUUCAUUGACCGCGAGUUCGAGUCCAAGGGCCUCAACUUCCUCGACAAGGAGAAGGCCAAGCACCAGGCCCAGCAGCAGGCCGAGCAGCACGCCGGCAACCAGUGGUAA